AUGAAUGUUCUUCUCUUGAUCGGAAGUGGAUGUUUUGUAUUGUUGUUUCUUCUAUUCCUUUUAAUGAGAAGUUAUGAAUCAAAAGUAAUUGCUAAAAUUCAAGUCGUAGGAUUGAAACCUCAACAGCAGCAGCAGCAUCAGCAACAGACACCACAAGGACAUUCCGAUGCAAGCCUUACUCCACACCAUCAUCAUCAUCCUUGUAUUCAUGAUCAUCACGAGGAAGAAGAGCCUAUCGGAGCAGGUGAACACCAUCAGCCUUCUUUGAAAACGAAGAAGAAGGUUACUUAUCAAACACCUGAGCCUGUUCCAGUCAGUGAAUUGGUCCACUACGAUGCUCUCUGGUGUUUGGUAUUCAACAUCUUUCGAGACAACCAAUCCUCCGUUCAGACGUAUGAGAGAGCCUUUUCUUUGCAACACUUUCGUCCACAUUUGGGUUUCGUUGGGAAGAUUCCAGUCGUGUUGUUUGCCACACCGAGUGCUGCCCGAGUGUUUGUAACCAAGUGGAAGGAGGUUGUGAAGGAUAAUUCAUUGGUCUUCACGGAGGACAUGCACAAGUUUUUCGGAGUGAAUGUCGUUUUUUCGAAUGGUGAUGAGUGGAAGAGACAGCGAAAAGUUCUUGAUCCUUCAUUCUACAAUAUUGAACGUUUUACUCAAACAUUUGUGGAGAAUGCACAAAAAACCAUGUCCUUAUUGAACAAGUUAUUACAAGAAAAGAGUUUACAGGAAAUUGAGAUUUCUCCUUCUGAUGUGACCACCAGAAUGGCGCUAGAUGUAUUGGGUUUAACAAUAUUUGGAGAAGAUUUUGACUACCUGUCACAACUCAUCCCCAAUCAUAAGUCUGCUACAAAUGAACUAAAUAAGAAAGCUCUCGAUGCAUACCACUAUGUCAUGAGUAAUAUUGGAAAUGCAGCGAGACUAUUCAUAGGAAAACCAUACACCUCAUUGCCUUUAGAAAGCAAUCGAAAGAUGGAUGAAUCUAUUGAGGAAUUUCAACUCUUUUUGGACUCCAUCAUUGAAAAGUGUCGAAAACAGAAAGAUACUUCCAACAAGAAUACUCUUCUCCAUUCCAUGAUUCAAGCUGUGGAUGAUGAAGGUACUGGCAUGACCAAUCAAGAACUGAAAAGUCAAUGUACCAUCUUUUUCUUGGCAGGUCACGAGACCACUGCUGGAGCAUUGGCAUUCUUAUUUUACUCCCUUGCCAAGCAUCCCCAAGUUCAAGAAAAACUGUAUGAAGAAAUUACAAGUACCUUCACAUCUGGAGAAGACAUUUCGAAUUAUAACAAACUUCAAAGUAUGGCCUAUUUAGAUUGUGUUCUCAAAGAGAAUAUGCGGUUGUAUCCACCAAUCAGUCAACUUCCACCAAGAAUAUUAACUUCAGCGCAAGUGAUUGAUGGCUACAAAAUUCCAAAGGAUUUUUUGGCAAUCUUAAACAUUUAUGCACUUCACAGGCAUCCAGAUGUGUGGGGACAAGAAUCAGAGGAAUUCAGACCAGAAAGAUUUUUGGAAAAUUCAUAUCCUCCCUUUUCCUAUCUUCCUUUCUCUGCUGGACCUAGAGUGUGUUUAGGAAAACAAUUUUCUUUAGUCGAGCAAAAAACAUUUACGACAGCUCUUGUUCAAAACUUUAGGAUUGAACUAUUAUAUCCAGGACAAUGCAUGAAAUUCAAUAAGAAAUUGCCAAAUCUUGCACCUGAGGAGAAUUUCAAAUUGAGACUUGUAAGGAGAAAGUGUUGA